AUGAUUUCGUACCAAAACAUAUACGAGCAACUACACCACAUUACCGACUACGUACAAAACAUACGACUACCGCAUACCUAUCCCAUACAACCCUACCUACAAACCAUACACGAUAACCGGCUGUAUCUGGCCAUCACAGUUAGCGGGGUCACAUUUCUCACCACACUAUUAAUAAUGGGAAAAUGGCGUCGCAUGACCCGGAGCAUCCGGUCCAUAGUGUUACGUACGUCCAGUUCCCGGUCCGAGAAGUACGACCAAAUACGUACGGAAAUCAUGGAGUCAGAGGAACGGCAUGUCAACGUACUUGAGUACAUACAGAGCAUGUUUUAUAAGCCCCUGGAGCGGGAAGGCCUACUCACGCCCGACCAGUUGGCCAAUGUUUUCUCAAAUACGAAGCAAGUGCUGGAGAUCCAUAGGCAGGUCCUACAGGGGCUCCAGUCUAGCAAAAAGCCCUUUGAAAAGACUAUUUACGCGAUUUUUAGCGGACCAUUAGGUACGCAGAUGGAGCAGGAGGUCGGGCUAUUUUGCACCAAGCACAAGUUGAAGGAAUAG